AAUCUGCAGGUUUGACCCCAAAACUGAAGAGUUCCGACUUGAUGCGUAAAAUGAAGUCUUUUGGCUUAUCUUUGAUGGUGUUUUUCCUGGUGGAGGWCCUAAUCGAAGCCCACAUAAGAUAUCCGUCAAAACCAAUCGUUCUGCAUCCUCCCGACUCUCAAAAUGUUCGAGCUUUUUUAGUUGCCCUUACCAACCUGCUGCAAGAAAUUUACAAAACUAAUCCAACAGGACAUGGAGCUCCACACAAAGCGUUCAAGAACUGUGAAGAACUCUAUAAACGAGGUUUCAGACAAAGCGGUGUUUACACCAUCGAUCCAGAUGGCAAAGGAAGAUUCAAGGUUUACUGUGAUCAAAAGACCGCGGGAGGAGGGUGGACAGUCAUCCAAAAAAGACAAGACGGUUCGGUGGACUUUUACCGAGGAUGGAACGCCUACAAGAAUGGAUUUGGAGAUCUGAAAGGCGAGUUCUGGUUGGGUCUCGAUAAGAUCAACCGACUGACCCAUCAAGCUAAAAGCCGUCUUCGUGUUGACCUGAUGGAUACCAAAGGAAAGACCGCGUAUGCCGAGUACGAUUACUUUGCUGUGGCCAGUGAACGAGCCAAGUACAAGCUGAGUCUUGGAACUUAC